AUGCGACGUUGCUUAUCUGUGCAGAGGUUUCUUUAUCAAAUUCUUCGUGGUAUAGCAUAUUGUCACUCUCAUCGUGUCCUACACAGAGAUCUGAAGCCACAGAAUUUGUUGAUAGAUCGUCAAACUAAUGCACUAAAGCUUGUGGACUUUGGAUUGGCAAGGGCCUUUGGUAUUCCUGUGAGGACAUUUACGCAUGAGUAUGAAAAAGUUGAGAACAUAGGGGAAGGGACCUACGGUGUGGUUUAUAAGGCGCGGGACAAGGUUACGAAUGAGACUAUAGCUUUGAAGAAAAUCCGGUUGGAGCAGGAGGAUGAAGGAGUUCCGAGCACGGCGAUCAGAGAAAUCUCCCUCUUGAAGGAGAUGCAGCAUGGCAACAUUGUCAGGGUUUUCUCGCCUUCUCUCUUUCGUUGUAAAGCAAGUUAUCAGUUUCUUCAAAUUGAGCAUCAUAUAUCAGUAGCUUUUCGUGAACAACAACUAGCAGUUUUUUAUGGAAGACGUUGCUGUAGCGAUUUCAGAAGCCUCAUUUCGCCGUUUGAUCGAGAAGAUUCUGACGACGUUCUUGAGGAUGUUCGCCUGAAAUUUAAGCGCAAUCGUGUUGUUGGAGCUGCAACCGCUGUUAAAUUUGACCAUAUUAGCUUGAUUGAUUGAAUGCUCCAAUCCUUCUCUUCUUCCAGAACCUGGAAAACGAAAGUCAAUUGAAGAGCCGUAUGUUAAGAUGGAAGAGGGUAUGCUGUAGGUUAUGCUGUAUCUCCUGCAGUUACCCUUGGCUUCAGCGAUGAAAGACAUGGUUAUCCUAUUGCAGCACCUCCUAGAAGUACAUUCACUUCUUUUCCUCAUAUGAGUCAUUCUUUCAGCCAAGAUCCUACCAUGCAUGGCUCCAGAAGGCCUGCCUCACUUGCACCAGCUGAAUCACCUUUUCAACUCAUCCCAAUGGAGCGGAUCAACUCGUUGGGAUAUUCUAAAGAAGAUUCAUAUUAUGAUCAUCAUCGUCGUCAUCAUCGUUGGUGUUAAUUGUUAUUUAUUUGUACUAUAUCUUGUAUUUAUGAACAAAAAUAUUAAAAAUGAAACUUUUAUCUUCAUGUAAA